AUGUCUUCCCGUGAUUCAAAUCGUGGCCGUGGAGAUUCCCGCGGCGGCCGACGCGACUCAGUGACUGGCUCACGACCCUCGACUCCAACCAGAGAAGGUUCCCGACCCACUACGCCUACUGGCGCUGGCGAUGCUCCUCCUCGAUCUCGCAGCCCGCAGAGAUCUCCAAGCCCCGAACGAAGCGGGCGAGGCGGAAGUUCCGCGAGGGGACAAUCGUCAGGCCCUCCUCGGGGUGGCCCUCAACAGCGUGGUGGCUCCCAGUCUCGUGGUGGUGCCCAGCAGCAUGGUGGCUCUGGAGGCCCUCGUCUGGAGUAUCAAAGUACCCCGACUGUCAAGGCAGACAGACAGGUGAUGUUCAAUGCUUCGCCUCCCGACAAGCAGAUAGCGGACUUCGAGAAGAAGUCCUUGGAAUCCAAGAAGAACAUCAAGCAGGAGCCCCAGCGAGAUCUCCGAGACAAAAAGACCAAGGCAGAGAGGGGCCAAUUGCCCAUUCAUGUCGAUUUGGUUCGCCGUCCCGGUUAUGGCACCAAGGGGAAAUCGACCAACGUCCGCGCCAACUUUUUCGCAAUGAUCUUCAAGCCAGAUGCAAAGUUUUACGCAUACAGCGUGAAUAUCGUUCCGGAGCCCACUCACAAGCGUCAUAUCCGACAGAUCUUCAAGCAACUCGUGCUUAGAUGUCCUGAAAUCAAGGACUGCCUGCCUGCGACAGACGAGGCUCAGUGGAUCGUGACCUGCAAGCCGAUCCCCUUCGAGGAGACGACCGUCAGAUGUGAUCCUACCAAAUGUGAUCCUGGGGAAAAGGAAUGGGCUUACACUUACACCGUUUCCUUCACUCUACAGGACAAGAAACCCAUUCCCUUGAAGGGUCUACUUGAUGGGCUUGCAAACCCCGACAUCCAUGAGAAAGUCACAGACGAGGACUAUGUUGUUCAGCUUCUGAACAUUUUCAUGACAAGCUUCGCUUACGGUGACCCGGGCGUCACAAAUGUUGGCAAGGGUCGACUCAAGUUUUUCUACACCGAUAAUCGCCAAGAAAGCAUGAACCUGACUGGUGGACUUGAAGUUCUCCGCGGCGUCAUCUCAAGUGUGCGCCCAGCUGCGAAACAAAUUUUGCUAAACCUCGGUGUCAGCAAUGGUGCUUUCUACCAGCAUAUGAAUUUGGGCCUCUACAUCGAGGAGGUUCUUCGAGCAAACUUCAAUGAUCUCGAAACUGUCAACCGGUAUCUUCGCACUGUAAAGAUCGAACUCAGACAUUCGCCUAAGAUCUACGAUGAUGAUUGCAAACAAAUUUACCGCGUCGGCAGUGUUUGGGGAUUGGCAAGCAAGGAAGAUGAAACAAAAUACGUUCCCAACAAAGACAGCAAAGACAAAAAGGAUCACAAGCCUCCCCAAGUCAAAUCGUUUGGCGCCGGUCCAGAUGACGUGCGAUUCUGGUUAAUCGAGGAAGGAAAACCUGGACGCUACGUGACCGUCACGGAGUUUUUCAAACAAAAAUACGGUGUCAUCUUAAAGGACAAGAAGAAACCAGUGGUCAAUAUCGGGAACCAUCAACGGGCUGUCUACAUUCCAUCCGAGAGCGCCUGGAUCAAGAAAGGGCAUGUUUUCAACGGCGAGCUGUCUACUGCGCAACGACAGAAUAUCAUCAAGUUCAGCUGUCGCCAACCACCGGACAACUUUGAGACCAUCCGAACCCUUGGCCGAGGCAUUAUGGGAAUGUCCGGUAACUACUUCCGCGACAGACAAAUCAAAUUCUCCGACGAGAUGCUUGUAGUUCCUGCAAGGGUUCUUGAUGCCCCGGUACUGAAGUAUGGAACUCGUACGGAAAAGCCCCAGAGGGGUGCCUGGAAUCUUGUGGGAAAACAGUUUUCUACAGGUGUCAGUAUCGAAACCUGGGUUGUCUUGUGGAUCAAGGCCGGUGUCACCAGAACUACACCUGAUCAAGUCCAGACUGCGGUUGAAGGCUUCCGCAAAAAGAUGGCUGAAAUGGGCAUGCGAGUCGCACAACGCCCCAGUCUCGAGUCCAUUGAUAUCAAGGGUCCCAUCAAAGACCAGUGCGAGGCACUCCAGGCGAGACUCAUCAGUUUGUCAGCGAAAAACCCACACCUCCUGUUGGUUGUGCUUCCCACAGGACAGGACCGGAUUUUCCGCUUCGUCAAAUGGGCCGCUGAUUGUAAACUGGGCAUUCCAAAUCACUGCGUCCUCGUCGACAAGUUUGCUAAGGGAAAUCCUCAGUACAUGGCCAACAAUGCGCUGAAGGUUAACCUGAAACUCGGUGUCGCUGCCAUUGUUGCUAGCAUAGACGGUCGACUUGGCCAAUGGGCAGGAGCAAGCCGCAUCCAGACUUCCAAGAAGGAGAUUCUUGAGAAUCUGCAGGAUAUGAUGGUCGAUCGUCUUCACCGCUGGCAAAAGGUCAACAAGACAUUGCCGACAAGUAUCCUUGUCUACCGUGAUGGUGUGAGUGAAGGUCAAUACAACGACGUGAUGACAGCGGAGAUGUCAUCGAUUCGUGACGCCAUCAAGAGAGUCUACCAAGGCUCUUCACCGAAAAUCACCUUCAUCAUAGUCACAAAGCGCCAUCACGUUCGCUUCUACCCAACCAGUUCAGAAGGCUGCGAUGACAAGAACAACUGCAAAAAUGGCACCAUCAUUGAUCGAGUUGUGACACGCCCGUGGUACUACGAUUUCUAUCUCCAGGCACAGGCUCCCCUCCAAGGUUCGGCCCGCCCAGCUCAUUACGUGGUACUUCAUGACGAGAUCUUCGCUCCGACUUCGCGUACCGCGGCCGAUGAUCUACAGCAGCUCACACACAAUAUCUGCUACAUGAUGGCUCGCUGCACUCGCUCUAUCAGCUACGCCACCCCGGCAUUCCUUGCUGAUCGCUACUGUGACCGUGCGCGAAAGCACGUUGUUGCUUACUACGAAUGGAAGGAGGCACAGAAUCCCUUUUCAAAGCGAGCCUCACACAAACCUUCCCAGUCCGAUGUCAUGAUCAAUUCUCGUCUUGCAGAGACCAUGGUUUACAUUUGA